AUGUCGUCUUUGGUAACUCGAAGAUCCAACGCUAUGCGCGCUCCAUGGCCAUACAAAAUACAAACAGAUGAGGAUACUGGCAAAAGACAAACGCGUCUCAUUGAUCACCUAGCGACCUCGCUAAAGAAGACGGUCCCUGGUUCGCAUACGUACACUUUAUAUAUACUUUCUACCAAGUUAACGUCUGCAGCACCUUUGAUAUCUCCAAAACCAUCAGCGAACGUCGAAUCAACCCUUCUUAGUCGAAAAUUGUUAAUAUUUGUAGCCGAAAGGAUAUCCGAGAAGGAAACUCUGGUUGUGGGUGCAGAAAUUCACGAAUAUCAUGAUCUCGCCAAUGAAACAUUAACAAUUUACGUAUCCAAAGUAGAUACAACGGGUUAUCGCUCUGACUCGAUUACACCCACUAGGAAUCUAUUAUCCGCCUACAUGAGUUUCUAUUCGGAAUCGGAAGAGAGAAGUAACAAGAAUCUUUCGCCUAGACGUAGAGUUGUCAGAUUCCAUGUGUUUGCACGUUCGCAGCCUCAAUAUCUAUUCCAUCUUUCAUCAAAAAAUCCGACGAAACGUGUGCUCGAGUGUUCGAAAUUGGUGAGAUGGUGGAAAAGCAUUCUUCAACAAAAUUUUGUUAGUGCCGACGCACAAGCGAAAAAUGCACGAGGGUGGUUUUUCAUUCCGGGAGUGACCAACGAACGAAGUGCACGUAUGCUAAUCAAUGACAUGGUGUCCGAUGAAACCGAGAAGCUCGAAAAUCAAUUUUGGAAGUAUGGGUACCCGUACUUUGACACUCAAAAAGCAAUUGAUGUAAUUCCAAGAUUCGAAGACGAUGCCAAGUCAAGAUGGUUGAGAUCGGCCGAGGAUUCGCUGACAGUAAAAGAAUUCUGGUAUCUGGUGUCGCACGGAGGUGAGUUUGCCGGCAGUCAAUUUGCUGGAUUUUUUUGGGUUGAAGUAAAAUCCAAUGAUUCUCGACAGACACUGGAGCAAGGUCAUUCUGAGGAUUCUAUCGAAGAGAUUGGUGGCCUGGUGAUUGAUGCUCUUACAUAUGAUAGUGCACUUAGAGUAUUGUUAGAUCAGAACUUUGAAUCCGAAGAUGCGGCUAUAAAGUCAACAUUAUUUUGGAAACGUUAUUUCACAAAUCUGCAUGAUGGCACGGUGUCAACUGGUAGCACUCUCAGUGUUUUGGUGGACAAUCCUAUGAUAAAAAGGGAGAUUCAACGACAACAGACAAAUAUUAUCCCGAUUAACAAUUUGCAAAUGUCGAUUAAAAGGAAAGCACCGAGUGAUGUUAAGACUUCGAUUCCACCUCCACUCAUAAAGAAAUCAAAAGAUGGUUAG